GGAUGCAACAUGUGAGAAAAGAUUUUUUUUUGCUUUGAAAGUACAAAUUGCAAAACUUGUGAGAAAAGAUAUUUUUUUUUGCUUUGAAAGUACAAAUUGCAUCUAACGUUACAUAGUGCUCAGCAAAAUCGUCCGACGAGCGUAACUGAAUUUCCGCUUCUCAUCUCCACAGUUCCGUCGGUUGCCAUGAAUAGAUUUCUCUCCCGCAGCCAAUUGAGAACGCGCGCCACUCAAAAUGCUGCAGCUUGGUUUAGUCCUUUCAGUAUCUCGAGGUCUGUCCAUUCUUUACCUUUUGCGACUGUCGAUGCAGAAGAGAUAUCGGGUUCACAACCUGCUGAAGUGCUCAAUUUCGUGCAAGGUAAAUGGAAGGGAGCUUCAACAUGGAACACCCUUGUGGAUCCUUUGAAUGGAGAACCAUUCAUUAAAGUUGCAGAAGUAGAUGAAAUUGAAAUUCAGCCUUUUGUGGAGAGCUUGUCAAAGUGCCCCAAACAUGGUUUACACAAUCCAUUCAAAGCACCAGAGAGGUAUCUUUUAUAUGGAGAUAUUUCUGCAAAGGCAGCACACAUGCUUUCCCUGCCAAAGGUAUCUGAUUUCUUCAGUCGGUUAAUACAAAGGGUUGCUCCAAAGAGUUAUCAGCAGGCCUUUGGUGAAGUUUAUGUUACACAGAAGUUUCUAGAGAAUUUCUCUGGUGACCAGGUUCGUUUCCUGGCAAGGUCUUUUGGGGUACCUGGAAAUCAUAUUGGACAGCAAAGCCAUGGUUUCCGUUGGCCUUAUGGUCCUGUUGCAAUUAUUACUCCCUUCAACUUUCCACUAGAGAUUCCUGUACUUCAGUUGAUGGGAGCACUCUAUAUGGGCAACAAGCCCAUUCUUAAAGUUGACAGCAAGGUUAGCAUUGUCAUGGAGCAAAUGAUGAGAUUACUUCAUUAUUGUGGGUUACCAGUUGACGAUGUUGACUUCAUAAAUUCGGAUGGGAAGACAAUGAACAAACUGUUGAUGGAGGCAAAUCCACGAAUGACCCUCUUUACAGGUAGCUCAAGAGUAGCAGAGAAAUUAGUUGGCGACUUGAAGGGUCGGAUAAAACUGGAAGAUGCUGGAUUUGACUGGAAAAUUCUAGGACCUGAUGUUCAAGAGUCACAGGUAGAUUAUGUUGCAUGGGUCUGUGAUCAGGAUGCUUAUGCAUGCAGUGGACAGAAGUGCUCAGCUCAAUCAAUAUUAUUCAUGCAUGAGAAUUGGUCCUCAAGUUCACUCAUAUCCAAGUUGAAAGAUCUUGCUCAGAGACGGAAGUUAGAAGAUUUAACCAUUGGUCCUGUCCUUACCUUUACAACUGAAGCAAUGUUAGAACACAAAAACAAAUUGCUUAAGAUUCCAGGAUCUAAGUUGCUCUUUGGAGGUGAACCUCUAAAGAACCAUUCAAUUCCAUCUGUAUAUGGUGCUUUGAAGCCAACAGCCAUAUAUGUUCCUCUUGAAGAAAUUCUAAAGGAGGGAAAUUAUGAGCUUGUAACUAGGGAAAUUUUUGGACCAUUCCAGAUUGUAACCGAAUAUAAAAAAGAUCAGCUUCCCCUGGUGUUGGAUGCUUUGGAACGGAUGCAUGCGCAUCUAACGGCUGCAGUGGUCUCAAAUGAUCCUAUCUUUUUGCAGAAUGUCAUUGGAAAUACGGUGAAUGGAACGACUUAUGCUGGACUGAGAGCAAGAACUACUGGAGCGCCACAAAAUCAUUGGUUUGGACCAGCUGGAGAUCCUAGAGGUGCAGGAAUUGGGACGCCAGAAGCAAUAAAGCUUGUUUGGUCAUGCCAUAGAGAAAUCAUUUACGACUUUGGUCCCUUGCCAAAAAAGUGGGAAAUUCCGCCAUCAACUUGAGCAGUUUUGAGUUUGACUGACCAUUUCCAGAAGCUAUGUACAUUGGCUCAAAAAAAAAAAAAAAGGAAUGUGCAACAAAUGAAAUCAAGGAAAAUUUUACAUCAACUCAAAUAAAAUACAAUGUGCAACAAAUAAAAUCAAGGAAAAUUUUGUUU